UCGGUGGCUCAAUAAGCACUUGGCAGGAACAGCUGACAUCGAGAUUAUGGGAGAAGAACUGGACAGCAAUCGCCGAGCUUUGAUGAGCAUGUGCUCCCUUAUCCUGUCGAGAAGUCAGGUCUACACCUCCACGGAAUAAACAAGACUUCGAGAGAAUUUCAUACCAUGCCUACAGAAACGGUUGACGCAUUCCCAGAGGAAUGGGGAUCUAUUAAGGCGCCUGCCAUCACCCUGAACGCAAUUCCAGAAGUAAAAUCCUUUACCGACGAUACCGCGAAAACUGGGAAAUGGAAUGGCGAACCAUUCGAAGGAUUCGUAGUCUGUACGCACAUCAUCUGGGUCUACCACUCGCGCAGAUCCUCUUUCUUUUUCCAAGUGAAGUUCGAUGAACCAUACAUGAUGUAUCGCGACUGGCGGGAAGUCACCAAAAUUCUAAUGUCAACGAAAGGAUUACUCAACGACGUCAAACUAUCAAAGUCAAAGGACAUCGAUCUCAUACGCUCGAGCCUAGAGUUUUACAAUUGAAUGAUAUAGAACCGGAAUCAGUCAAAGCCCGUACCUCUGUAAAUUUCUCC